UUGCAAAGAAGUUGCCCUUUUUUCCGUCCUUCCUCUGCCAUGGCGGCAGAAUAUUACGCUUGCACCUUCUUGGAGUUCAAAGACAUGGGUUUGGGAGAAGCUGCUGACCAAGUCUUGAAGGAGGGAUUGAGGGCUUAUCCUGGAGAUGGUGAGUUGUUGACUUUGGCAAAGGACAGAGGAAUUGUAGAGGACAAGCGAGAAGGCGGUCCCGAAAGCCCCGAAGGCGGUCUGGGUCAGCUUUUGGCUGCCAUGAUGAAGUCGCAGGAGCCAAGCGUCAAGGUGAGGCCAGAGCUAGGGACCAAACACGGGCUCGAUUUCGAAGGCGCCGACUUCAAGGACCCAGAACUGCAAGGAUCAGAUUUCUGGGAGAAGCUGAAGACUCGCGACUUAAGAAGUAUUUUGUUGGAACACGGAGGGCUGAUCAGAGUUUCAGAUUUCUUGCCUCAACACAAGGCGCACGAGGCAAAGGAGACACUCCAUGCUCUGCAAAAGUCAUAUUGGGUUGAGUCAAGCUCAUCAGCUUACGAGGGCGAACUUGUUGAGAGUGCAACGCAUAGUUUCUUCCGGUAUGAUGGAGAUCAGCUGGACAACAUUGUUGAACACAUUCGAUCCAUGGCCCCUGAUGAUUUUCCAAGUUUUCAGGCAGCGAUGUACCAGAAUGGUGGCAACUUGUGCGCACAUGACGAUAGCAACUAUUUCAUUGUGGACAAGGCGGACAGGAACCAGAACCAAAAAUUCCCAGCUGGAAGCCUAUUGUUCAGAAAGAUUGCUGUCAUCUACUACCUCUCAAAGGACUGGAAGACAGAUUACGGUGGCGCCUUGGUGGAUAUGCAUGAGGACAAACAAUAUUUUCCCCGCUUCAAUUCCAUGGUGGCAUUCCUGGUACCGCGUCUCCAUCAGGUCCAAGAGUUGGCACCAGGCUCUCCACCACGAUUCUCGUUGUUUGGAUGGUUUAGUGAUGAGAAGCCAUAUCCAACUUCAGAGGAGCUUGCCAGGAUGCCCUGCUUUUCAACACUGGCUUAAAUUGAAUCAUCAGAAUCAAAAUGACUUAUCGCCUAUCGCCAUCGCAGCUCUUUUUCACCAAGGCUUUUUGAGAAGGCCACAGCGAAUCAUUGUUGCAUCGAAGGUGCAAGGUAAGCUGUCGGCUCCACCACGCACGCUGUGUCGCUGUGCAA